AUGCUGAAGUUCGUCCCUCAUCUAAGAGAUCUUGAGAAGAACGAGGAGGAGCGAUACUCCCGCUGGAUCCAGGAGCUAGAGACGAUGGAGGCACAGUCAGGUUUCAAAGUUAAUGCCUUGAACCGGACUCAAAAGAUGGCCAAGACUAUCCGCGAGGAGACGGCCGCGGAGAUCUCGCUUUACCUGGAUCGCUGGAUAGCAAAGCUGGGCUUAGAUAAUUGCACGAAGGCGACACUCAUCCGGUAUAUGGCCAGUCAUGCUGAGCGAGAUGAUAAGAUGACUCCGCAGCAGAAGUCGAGCAUAAUCAACUCCUAUAGCGACGACGCCGGCUCUCCGCGUGCCGUGAAGACCGCCAAGAUGUUCACGGAAGCAUUUGACAAAGUUUUCGCCGGGAUAGUGUCUCUCGAGAACGUGCUCCUCCUGGACGAGUCAGUAGAGACAAUUGUCGACAGCAAGAAAUGGGUAAAGGACACAAAAGCCGAUAACCCUGGCGGUGAGCAAUUGGUGGAGAUGGUCGAGCAAUGGCUGCAGAGCUACACGAUCUUGGGAUGCUUGAUCUGCUAUACUCACUCCUGCGAGCAUGGCGAGUAUGACGUUGACAACCAAAAACGCACAUUCUCCAUUGAUUCAUUCGGCAAGUUCGGCGGCCUGCUUAAGAAGAGGCGCAUCGAAGAGCUCAAACUCAGGAAACAGGCCGGAGGAACACCUAAGAAGAACAUCGGCCACCCGUGUCAAAAUCAAUGUUACCGCCUGUACGAUGUCGGUAAUGACGCGGCGUAUAUUCGGCCCUGGACUGAGAACGAGACCAUGCUUCUACGAUGUCUCUAUGCAUCCCUUGGCGACGGAGGUGUCAAGGCCCCUUGUGCUGCCAGCGUUCUCAUGGACCGCACUUGCUGGGAAGUCUGGAGGAAACUCAAGUCUCUCCAGCUGUCACUGCCAGAAGUGGACCCGGCCUCCCUAGAGCCUCCAAAGGUCAAACCGCUAACUUGGUAUGACCGCAACAAGAAGGUGCUCCUGGGAGACUGGCAAGAUCAUACAGUUUCACAUGAGCAUGCCCGGCGAAUGGACCAAGAUCCCUGCCGUCAUGACGGACCUUGCAACUCCAAGUGUGUAUGUGUACAAGCUGGAGUUUUGUGCGAGCGAUUCUGUCGAUGCACAGCUGAGAACUGCGCGUGGAAGUUUACUGGCUGUGCUUGUCACUCGACAGGAAAGACCUGUGUACAACGUCAAAAGGAAGGCAAACCGUGCAUUUGCGUCCAACUAAACCGGGAAUGCGAUCCUGUUCUCUGCAAAGGCUGUGGAGCGCGAGAGCGAGCUGAUCCGCAGAAUGCUCAGGAUGAGGUCUUACACUCGACUGGAUGCCAGAAUGUGUCACUUCAGCGAGGAGUAUCAAAGACGGUGCUACUAGGAAAAUCACAACUCGAAGGCUGUGGAUACGGCCUCUUUACGGCAGAGGAUAUCGCAGGGGACGAGUUUGUGAUUGAGUACCUUGGUGAACUAAUUACUCACGACGAAGGUGUGCGCCGAGAGGCUCGACGAGGAGACGUCUUCGAUGAAGAGUCCAACAGCAGUUACCUCUUCACCUUGCUCGAGCAAGAAGGCAUCUGGGUCGACGCAGCCAUCUACGGUAACCUCAGUCGCUACAUCAACCAUGCUUCCGAGCACGACAAGCGAGGCUGCAACAUCACGCCCAAGAUUUUAUACGUCAAUGGCGAGUUCCGAAUCAAGUUCACGGCCCUGCGAGACAUCAAGGCCGGCGAGGAGCUGUUCUUCAACUACGGCGAGAACUUCCCCAACCUCACCAAGAAGCUGCUCGACUCCAAGGAAGGCGCAGACGGCGACGCAUCCUCCGCCCCGAGGAAGAACAAGGGUGGGCGGCCGCGCAAGGACGACUCGGCGCGAGGCGGCAAGGCCACGGCGGCCAGGAAGAAGAACAACCGCGGCGCGGCGCGCAAGGACGCCCCCGAGCCCAAGGUCGACUUCGUCGACUCGGAUUUUGCUAACCUCAAUGACGAGGACGAGGAGGAGGAAGAAGAAGACUACAUGCCGGGACGUAACUCGCAGGACGACGGCGACUAUAGCGCCUACUCGGAGACCAACCGUCGAGGAGGACGGCGCGCAAGCGGUCGCGGUCGCGGCCGGCCUGGUCGGCCCAGAGGAAGUGGCCGUCGCAGCUACGGCACCAAGCGAAGCGACAUGGCGCGAAGAAGCGAGGUGGGCGGCGUGGAGGAGUCCGACUCGGUCGCCGUUGCCGCCGCAGUCACCACUCCGAACCCCGACACGCCCCGCCGGGGCCGUCCCAGGAAGCAGAGAUCUCUCGAGGUCGAGGAGACGUCCGAGGAGGUCAUUCCCGCGCCGCGGUCCCGGUCGGGCGCGGGCCGAAAGCGCAAGCGAGCGCUCGUGGUCGACUCUGAAGACUCGGAUGCGUUCUACUCUGACGAUAGUGGCGCCAACCGCUCCGGGAGAAAGAGACAGAAGCCCGCGCGAUACCGAGAGGAGGAUCAGUGA